AAUUCUACAGACAAAAGAGAAAAGGGCAGCCCAUACAAUUAGGGUUUUCGAUUUUCGUAUUUAUUUACAUCUGUUCCAGUAUAGUUUUUAUAUUCGUUUCUGUCUCAAGAUUGCGUUGGAUUAUCUGUGUCUUUGGUGGCUGCGGGGGUGACAUGAUACGGCUUUGGGAAUCGAUGGAGCGUCUGAUCGCCGAUUAAUCGGCGACUUUAAUAGCCGAUUGUGUAGGGUUAUUGUAUGGAAACUCGGAGCCGGAAGCGGGCGGAGGCAUCCACCUCAGCAGCGUCCUCUGGCCCAACCACACGCCCCACCAAACGUUCUCGCCUCUCUGCUACAUCCGCUAUUCCUGCAGCCAACACCCAUCUGAUCUCCACUCGUUCUCGCACCGCUGCUCUAUCCACCUCUAUGGACCCCGCACUGGAACCGUCCACCGCAUCUGCCUCCACCACUCGUGGUCGCCGUGGCAAGAACCCUAGUGGUGCUCAAAAUUGGGAUCAUAAUAAUAAGAAGGAAAACACUAAUUUGGACAAGGGUAAAGAGAAAGAGCCUGAAAUCAGGCACAGAGAAACAGAGAGGAGCUUAGGGCUGAACAUUGAUUCGCUUGAAGCCGAUUAUGAGGAUAAUGACAGUGAAGGUGGAAGUGGGAUUUUGCAUCAGAAUUUGACUUCUGCUAGCAGUGCUCUACAGGGUUUGUUAAGAAAAUUGGGUGCUGGAUUGGAUGAUUUGCUCCCUAGCUCGGCAGUAGGAUUAGCUUCGUCUUCUCAUCAAAGUGGCCGGUUGAAGAAGAUUUUGUCAGGGUUGAGGGCUGAUGGCGAGGAAGGGAAGCAGGUGGAGGCUUUAACACAGCUUUGUGACAUUCUCUCAAUUGGGACAGAGGAUUCUUUGAGUACAUUUUCUGUUGAUUCUUUCGUUCCAGUGCUGGUGGGGUUACUUAAUCACGAGAGUAACCCUGAUAUAAUGCUUCUUGCUGCUAGAGCGCUCACACACUUGGUUGAUGUCCUGCCCUCCUCUUGCGCUGCAGUGGUGCAUUAUGGGGCUGUAUCUUGCUUUGUUGCUAGGCUGCUGACAAUCGAGUAUAUGGACUUGGCUGAACAGUCGUUGCAAGCCCUGAAAAAGAUAUCUCAGGAACACCCAACAGCUUGCUUGCGGGCUGGCGCACUUAUGGCUGUUCUUUCAUACCUCGAUUUCUUCUCCACAGGGGUUCAGAGAGUUGCCUUAUCAACUGCUGCAAACAUGUGCAAGAAGCUACCUUCAGAUGCAGCUGAUUUUGUAAUGGAAGCUGUUCCCUUGUUGACUAAUCUCCUACAAUAUCAUGAUGCAAAGGUUUUGGAACAUGCAUCUAUUUGCCUGACGCGGAUCGCUGAGGCAUUUGCUUCAUCGCCUGAGAAGCUUGAUGACCUCUGCAACCAUGGUCUUGUCACACAAGCUGCAGCCCUGAUUUCAUCCAGCAAUUCUGGAGGUGGUCAGGCUUCACUUAGUACUUCUACGUACACGGGAUUGAUCCGGCUUCUUUCGACUUGUGCAAGUGGUUCUGCUUUAGGAGCUAAGUCCCUGCUCCUACUUGGAAUCAGUGGCAUUCUGAAAGAUAUUUUAUCAGGAUCUGGUCUUGUAUCAAGCAUGUCUGUUUCACCUUCUUUAAGUAGACCAACAGAGCAGAUCUUUGAGAUUGUGAACCUGGCAAAUGAGCUGCUUCCGCCACUUCCUCAAGGGACAAUAUCUCUUCCAGCCAGCAGUAGUUUGUUUGUUAGGGGUUCUUUUCCUAAGAAGGGUCAUGUAGGAAGCUCUGGGAAACAGGAAGAUUCAAAUGGGAAUAUACAUGAUGUUUCAACUCGUGAGAAACUAAUGAAUGAUCAGCCAGCGCUCCUGCUGCAGUUUGGGAUGGAUCUCCUUCCUGUUCUAGUACAGAUUUAUGGUUCCAGUGUCAAUGGUCCCAUCCGCCAUAAGUGUCUUUCCGUUAUCGGAAAGCUCAUGUACUUUAGUACUUCAGAAAUGAUCCAGUCUUUAAUAAAUGUUACAAAUAUCUCUAGCUUCUUAGCUGGGGUUUUAGCUUGGAAAGAUCCUCAAGCAUUGGUGCCUGCCCUUCAAAUAGCAGAAAUUUUGAUGGAAAAGCUUCCUGGUACUUUCUCAAAGAUGUUUGUAAGGGAAGGUGUUGUUCAUGCCGUGGAUAAGUUGAUACUGGGGGGAUCUACUAAUACUUGUCAACCAUUGCCCCAUGAGAAGAUUAAUGAUUCUAUUCCUGGAUCGUCAUCACGUUCUAGGCGGAAUCGAAGACGAGGUGGUAAUUUGAGCUCAGAUGCAAAUAACGCUGAUGAUUCUAAAACUUCAGUUCCAACUAUUAUCUCACCUCCAAAUUCAGUAGAAAUUCCAACUGCUAAUUCAAGUCUUCGGGCGGCUGUUAGUGCAUGUGCAAAAGCUUUCAAGGAAAAAUAUUUUCCUUCAGAUCCAGAGGACAAUGAAACUGGGUUUACGGAUGACCUGCUCCGGUUAAAGAAUCUCUGCACGAGGUUGAACUUGGGUAUUGAUGAACAAAAAACUAAAUCCAAGGGAAAAUCAAAAGCCUCUGGUACUCAGCUUGCUGAUAUCUCCGUUAGUAAAGAUGAACACCUGGUUGAGGUGAUAGCUGAAAUGCUACUGGAGCUUAGCAGGGAGGAUGGUGUAUCGACUUUUGAGUUUAUAGGCAGUGGAGUUGUGUCUUCUUUGCUCAAUUACCUUACUUGCGGGUACUUCUCCAAGGAGAGAAUUUCUGAAGUCAAUUUGCCUAAGCUUUGCGAACAAGCGACAAGAAGAUACAAGUCUUUUGUUUCUCUUGCCCUUCCUUCGAAGGUUGAUGAAGGACAUGUAGUUCCCAUGAGUGUUUUGGUUCAAAAGCUUCAGAAUGCUUUAUCCUCAUUGGAGCGUUUCCCUGUUGUGCUGAGCCACACUUCCCGGUCAUCAGGCGGGAGUGCUCGCCUUUCUUCUGGUCUCAGUGUUCUAUCUCAGCCGUUCAAGCUGCGCCUUUGCCGAGCACAGGGAGAAAAAGGUCUCCGGGAUUACUCUUCAAAUGUUGUACUUAUUGAUCCGUUAGCAACUUUGGCUGCUGUUGAAGACUUCCUCUGGCCCAGGGUUCAACGAAGUGAGUCUGGUCAAAAGCCCCCAGUAUCUGCUGAAAACGCUGAGUCUGGUACUACUCCUGUGAGUGCUGGUGUCUCGUCGGCAUCUACUUCUGCUCCUGCUUAUGGUACUCGACGUUAUUCCACACGAUCCCGAUCUUCUGUUAGUACAGGUGAAACAACCAAAAAAGAUUCGUCACAAGAAAAGAGUUCCAGCUCAUUAAAGGUGAAGGGAAAAGCAGUCUUGAAACCAACCCAAGAAGAGGGUAGGGCACUCCACCACGGUAGAAAUGCUGCCCUCAGAAGAGGCGCUCUAGACAAAGAUAACCAAAUGAAGCCAGUGGAUGAGAACACCUCUUCUUCUGAGGAAGACGAAUUGGAUUUUUCACCUGUGGAAGAUGAUGCUCUGGUGAUUGAAGAUGAAGAUAUCUCCUGUGAUGACGAUGAUGAGGAUGAUGAUGACAAUGACGAUGUACUGGGAGAUGAUACUCUUCCAAUUUGCACGCCAGACAAAGUGCACGACGUUAAAUUGGGUGACACUGUAGAAGAUAGUCCUGUCCCUGCACAGAGUGAUGCUCAGAAGAAUCCAACUUGUAGUUCUGGCAGUAAAGGUGCUUCAGGCAGAGGAUUAGAUUCUACGGAGUUUAGGAAUAGUAUUUCAUUUGGUUCAAGGGGUGCAAUGUCCUUCGCCGCUGCUACUAUGGCUGGACUUGCAUCUGGCAAUAAUGGAGGUGUAAGUGGCGGCAGAGAUCGUCAGGGACGCCCCUUAUUUGGCUCUAGCGAACCAAAACUAAUAUUUACUGCAGGGGGGAGGCAGCUUAAUAGACACUUGACAAUUUAUCAGGCAAUCCAACGGCAGUUUGUUUUGGAUGAGGAUGAUGAGGACAGGUUUGCUGGGAGUGAUCUUGUAUCAAGUGAUGGGAGUAAGCUCUGGUCUGAUAUUUACACUAUAAUGUAUCAAAAAGCAAAUAAUCAAGCUGAGAGAUCUUCACUUGGGACUGUGAUGUCAACACCUCCGUCGAAGUCUGGAAAAGCUAGUUCAUCUAGUAACUCUGCCCCUGAUGCGUCCUCGAAUCAUGUCUCCCUAUUAGAUAGCAUUUUGCAAGGGGAACUUCCUUGUGAUUUGGAAAGAAGUAAUCCAACUUAUAACAUAUUAGCAUUACUACGUGUGCUAGAGGGAUUGAAUCAGCUUGCUCCGCGCUUGCGAGUGCUGGCAGCAAUUGAUAGGUUUUCUGAGGGGAAAGUCUCUAGUCUAGAUGAACUCAAUGCUGCUGGAGUCAGAGUUUCUCCAGAGGAUUUUGUAAAUAGCAAGCUUACUCCGAAAUUGGCACGACAAAUUCAGGAUGCACUUGCACUUUGCAGUGGAUCGCUUCCAUCAUGGUGCUACCAGCUGACUAAAGCUUGCCCAUUUUUGUUUCCUUUUGAAACUCGGCGUCAAUAUUUCUAUUCAACUGCUUUUGGAUUGUCUCGUGCAUUGUAUCGGCUCCAUCAGCAGCAAGGUGCUGAUGGCCAUGGAUCCACAAGUGAAAGAGAGGUCAGGGUUGGUAGAUUACAGCGCCAGAAAGUUCGUGUUUCUAGGAACCGGAUAUUAGAUUCUGCUGCAAAAGUUAUGGAAAUGUAUUGCAGUCAAAAAGCUGUUCUCGAAGUUGAAUAUUUUGGUGAGGUUGGUACUGGAUUGGGGCCUACUUUGGAGUUUUACACCCUCUUGAGCCAUGACCUUCAGAAGGUUGGAUUAGGAAUGUGGAGGUCAAGUUCACCAGUGGGUGGAACCCCUAUGGAUAUUGGUGUAGGGGGAGAGUUGGAUGUAAAAACUAAUUCCUCAGCUGGUGGUGACAUAGAUAUAAUUCACAUGCCUCUUGGGUUGUUUCCUCGUCCUUGGCCACCCAGUGCUGAUACUUCUGCUGGUAGUCAGUUUGCUAAAGUCAUGGAGUAUUUUCGGUUACUCGGCCGAGUAAUGGCCAAAGCUCUUCAAGAUGGGAGGCUACUUGAUUUGCCGCUGUCUGCUGCCUUUUAUAAACUAGUACUUGGUCAAGAGCUGGAUUUGCAUGAUAUCAUCUCUUUCGAUGUGGAACUUGGGACUACUUUGCAAGAAUUGCAAGCCCUUGUCCGCCGAAAACAGUAUUUGGAGUCAAUAGGAAGCUAUAAUCCAGAGGAGUUGCAUUUUCGAGGAGUUUCAAUUGAGGAUCUUUGUUUAGAUUUCUCCGUUCCAGGCUACCCGGAAUAUGUUUUGAGACCAGGCGAUGCGAAUGUGGAUGCGAGCAGUCUGGAAGAUUAUGUUUCCCUUGUUGUUGAUGCUACUGUGGGGACUGGGAUCUUGCGACAAAUGGAAGCAUUUAGAUCCGGCUUUAAUCAGGUGUUUGACAUCUCAACCUUACAAAUAUUUUCUCCAAAUGAGUUGGACUAUCUGCUCUGUGGCCGCAGAGAGCUGUGGAAGGCUGAGUCGCUUGCAGAUCACAUUAAAUUUGAUCAUGGAUACACAUCCAAGAGUCCUGCCAUUGUCAAUCUUCUUGAAAUUAUGAGUGAAUUCACGGUGGAGCAGCAACGGGCCUUCUGUCAGUUCGUUACUGGUGCUCCUCGGCUUCCACCAGGUGGUCUGGCAGUGCUGAAUCCUAAGUUAACAAUUGUCAGAAAGCAUUCUUCAAGCACAAGCAACGACGCACAUAAUGGUUCUGGUCCAUCAGAAACUGCUGAUGAUGACUUGCCCAGCGUGAUGACAUGUGCAAACUACUUGAAGCUUCCACCAUAUUCCUCCAAGGAAAUCAUGUACAAGAAACUACUGUAUGCCAUUAGAGAAGGACAAGGAUCUUUUGAUUUGUCAUGAGUUGUAAGACUAACCAGCUGGACCUGCAAGAAUAUUUACUAGGAUGCCCAGAAACUGGUGGGUUGAAGCUGCAGUUAGAUUCUUAAUAAAGGUUUGACAAAAUGCUGCUCGAGAACACUAGCAAUGAGGGGAUAUCUUAAGCAUCUGCAUUAAUGGCUUGUAAAUAAGUAGGGAUUCUUUUCCCUUUUUUUUUGGAUGAAUAUUUUGACUCCUCUCCCAUUAACUCUGUGUAGGCGUUGGGGUUUAGAUGGAGAUUGCUGGUGACAUUUUUGUGUUGUGUUAAAAUGGACAAUUAAUAAUAAUUGCAAAGCAUUGAUCAAA